AUGAGCAGCGUUUGGAAGGUCCUUGUCCGGCUGCACAACGUCGUGAAUAUUCCGCGGGAUGUCUGCGCCGGGGCCGAAGUCGACGACGCGCGUGUCUUCUCGGUCGUCGCGCGGGCGGUGUCCGGCGGUGGCGUUCUCCUCACCGACUGCCCCGAGUUGCUUGCGGAGUUCACGGCGCGGGACAUCGCGCAGACCUCCGCCCGUGACGUCUUGGAGGUCAAACUCGACGCCCGCGGCGAGCGCUGCGCCGCCGAGUGGUCGACCCCCGCCACAACGCUCGGGCUGGUGCUGCUCGUGCAGGAGCGGCAGCCGACCUCCGUGCGCGUCGUCGGCGCAAGCGCCGCGAACCUCGUGGUUGACGUCGCCGACGUGGUGCAGCGGCGGAAGCUCGUGACGCACGUCGUGGGGACUGCGAUGGGGCAGGUGGGCGUCUCGCUCGCAGUGGCACCGUCAGACAUCGCCGGCUACCAACGACGCCUCACAGAGUUCCUCACGCAGCACAACCCGGGCGGGCUGCAGCUGGUGGACGGCGUCGUGCGCAGCAUCCCGGAGGUGGACACCUUCACGAAGUUGUACAAAAAGUACGGCCUUGUGGACUACGAGCGGCGCGUCCAAGACUUUUUCCGCGUCUACGGGCGGGAGCACGCGGCUCAGGUCCCGUCGCUCCUGCGGGAGUGGGGGAAUCACGAGGAGGAGCUGCUGCACAGCCUCGUGCUUGACAACGGGCCGGAGCCAGACACCAUUGACCUGCAGACACGCCUGGCGGCCUUCUUGAAGGCACACAACGUGAACGCCGCCACCCCGGAGGUGGCACGCGCCGUGCGUGCGUUUGGGGAGACGCCGCACAAACUGUUUGAGUCGCUGACGCUCAGUUACGGCCCAGAACCGGAUCCGCGGGGUUAUUUGUUUCCUCCGACGCAGUACGAGUCGACAAGGGACCCCGGCCAACCGCAUCAGCGCCGCCUCGCGCCCGCGGCGUCGGCCCCAGCGGCCGAAACCAAAGGGUCGCCGCAUCGAGGAAUUUUGUCGAGUGGGGCUGCACAGCGGCAGGUGGAGGAAGCACCGCUGCCACAGCGGCAGACGUCCCCCGUUAUUGUGAGCGUGUCUCACGCUGGUCCGACCGUCGCGGCAGACACCGCCCCCGAUGCAGGGCGGAACUACGCUGGCAGCAACGAGGAGAGCAGGACAAGCCUCAAUUAUGGCAGCGGCGGGGAAGCGUCGUGGGAUGCGUUCUGUGCGGCGCUGCGGAGUCAUGGGCAGCAACCGUCAGACGUGUACUACAUGAGCAAUGCGGCGUUCAACGCCACGGUGGAAGACAUGGGCUACACCAAGCCAGAGCGUGAGGCGCUGAGCCACCGCUGGCAGCAACGCCUGCGUGCCGCCGUAAGAGAGGAGAAUUUGACUCCCGGCGACCCGUACUACGGCGCAGCCAGAAACGAGUUACUCAACCUGGUGGGGCUGCAGGAACUAAAUCUGGAGGUGGUGACGAUGACAACGGUGUCAAACAGUAACCAUGCCAGCUGCUUCGCCAAUAGACUCCUUACGGCACACCAGCAUGCGACUGAGCGGCUCGCCAUUGUUGGUGAAUACCAUCGACUGCGUGACAUGGUUGUACGGGGCGUUGGCGGCGGUGUCGUUGGUGAUCCCACGUCCAGAGAGAACCCAUGCGCCGUGUUUUGUCGUCGCCCAUUUCAAGACUGGAACAGUCGCCAGGCCACAACUGUCCUCGUCUGUGACGUGGUUAUUGGCAGGCCUUUCGUCUGCCCACCGGAGGCAAAAAUGGCGCGGGCGGCGACGGCGGAGUUCCUAAGGGAGUGGGACUGCUGCGUUUUCCACUGUGCCGGUGGCGGUCAGGCGGUGGCGGUGUACGACCCGAAGCAGGUGCUGCCUCGCUACAUGGUGCAGUGUCACGUGGAUGUCACACUCACGCCGUGUUCGGCGCAUCCGUCGCGGGCUGUGGAGUACUACGUGGUGGAAGAAAACACGUUCGUGUGCAGUCGCUGCGUCGUGUUGGGCGCCUACCGACAUAAGGAGGUGCUCGCAAUUGAGGACGCGGCUGUGCAGGCGCGCGCACGACUCUUGGACUAUAGGCGUGAUGUGCAUCAGCUUCUGGCGGAGUUUGAAACCCGCGAGACGGACCUUGGACGCGAGCUAAACGACCUGCGGACGGCGCCAAGGCGUCUGGAGGCGGAACGAGAAGUAGAACGGAUUCGGCGCGAGGCGGAGGAGCGUGUUGCGGCUAUUUUGCGCGCGCUGGAGCAGGCGGACGCGGAGCAGCGCAGUGACCUUCAACUGCGCCAAGAAUGCGUCUUGAGGGCGAAGGCGGCGGCCGGCGCACUCGACGAAACCCUCACGGAGGCUCUGCAACACGACCGCCCGCUACAGUUGGUGGCGGCGCUGCAGCGCGUGCCAGCGGAGGAGGAGCUGCACUACCUGAGAAGCGAGUUGCGAAGGAGCUGCGGCAAACUUAUUGACGCGGACGGCAGGGCGAAGGUGCACGCCCCCUACGCGCUGGUGGCACGGGAGGCAGAAGAGAACGACGCUGGACUGAAAAAGUCCACGCAUCUCGGCGCGAACGGCCACCACAACCGCAGUUAUGCCGGUAGCGGCAGUGCAGUCCUGCCGAGCCGCCUUACAGAGCCGCAACCGUCCCCAGUGAAGGCCACGACGAAUAGCCUUUACGCCAAGUACCUUGCCAUUGCCUCGGGCGCGGGGAGCGGAGAGGAAGAAGCGGGGACGCGGAAGGAAUUACGACCUCAGUCCACGACUUCAAACGCCAAUGCCAAUAAAAAAAGCAGUAGUGAAAGAAGCGGCGUUGUUCGCGCGAUGAGUGCGUCCCCGGGUGACCUCAUUCGGCGCGCGAAGGAGGACGUGACAAAGGGGUGGGCCUUGUAUCGCCAAGGCGACCCUGAAGGGGCCCGACGUGUGUGGAAUGACGUGCAUGAGCGCCAGGUGGAUAGCGCCGUGGGGGCUCGCGCGCAGGCCUACAUUGCCGAGGCGUUGGACCGAGACUACGAGGCUGCCGCCGCGUGGUACGACGUGUCGCUGCAGCGUGAUCCCUCUGAUGCGAUGACGCUGUACAACUACGGUGUGCUGCUUGAGACGCUUCUCGGUCGACGGGAAGAGGCGCGGAUGUUAUUUGAGCGGGCGCACGCACUCGGCGACGGCGCAGCUGGCCGGCGUGCACAACAGCUUCGUGUCUCACUGGGGGAGGUGUGA